CCCUAAUACGGAACUGCACUCCGGAAAACAAAACAAACAAAUUCCGGCGCGAUGGGCGAUGUGGAGGAGGUGAAUUUCAGGCUGAACCACCACCAGGUGCUGGACGAAAUCUCGGACCUACUGCACAGUACCGCUGAGCCAAGCGGAGGCAACGCUCUGCUGCUGAACCAAGAGAUGCAGCGCCGCCUGAAGCAAGUCCGGGAGAAGAUCCUAGAACUUCUGAAAACUGUAAAGGCACGGUACGCCCGGAACGAGGAGAUCCUAGUGCGCCGCCUGAAGUCGCGCUCACAUUUUGGUACGGGACCACUCAACACCAGCGGGGCGAUCCUGCGUAAGGGUACCUUCCUCUUCAAAGGGAACCUGUACUUCCGGGACAUUGACGGGCGUAGCUGUCCGAAUAACGAUGACUACGAGACGCGCUGUCACACGGAAAUGUUUCCCAGCGACUUUGAUAUGCGCUCCCGGCAUGUAUGGACAUUGAAGGAUAAGAAAAAUGUGAUCAUGGGCAUAAAACAACAGUUGUUGGAUCACAGCAACAACACGAUGAUUGAACAGCCCAGCGGCAGUCGGAAGCGGAAGCCGGUCGAGAGACACGUCACAACGCUGGUCAACCUUUUGACCACAGCCGACAGCAGCUUCAGAAUCGAUUGGAAUCAAAUUAGUACCCUGGACGUGGAGUACCGGCAUUCCCCCCACAGUUGCGAGGCCAUGUGGAGUGUCUACCUGCGGCCGGAUCUCAGACGCGACGAUUGGACGCCGGAGGAGGAUGAGACUCUGAUAUCAGUGGUCACGGCCAACCGAAUGCAGAAUUGGGCGCUUAUAGCCGAUAUGUUGGACCGGCGUUCGGAUUACCAGUGCUUCGUCCGCUUCCACACUGCCCUGCGCAAUCAGGUUGAGCCGAAGGGAACCCUUCGCUGGACCGAGGAGGAAAACGAGCGGCUCAAAAUGCAGGUUGAGCGAAACACUUCGAACAACAUAAUAAACUGGCAGAGUGUGGCCGAGUAUUUUCCGGGAAGGUCCAAGUCAACGUUGAUAGGGCGUUACUUUUAUGUGCUGCAUCCCAGCAUCAGUCAUGAAGCCUUCAGCACCAAAGAGGACAUGAUGCUGUUUGCCGCCGUGGAAGAGUACAAUGGUAAGUUCCACUGCUUCCCGCGUACCCUAUUCCCGAACCGAUCCUUGGCACAAUUGCGGACGCGCUACCACAAUGUGCUGGCGCAGCGCAACAAGACCGAUUCCUGGUCGGUCCAGGACGACACCCGUCUGAUGAACUUUGUCACUGAACAUGGGCCCUCGCAGUGGGUGAACUGCGCCACAUUCCUGGGUAACCACACGCGUACCAGCUGUCGCACCCGCUUUAUGGUGAUCAAGCGAUUCCUGGAACAGAAUCCCUCUGCAACGGUCGAGGACCUGCCACGCAGAAGGUCAAGGAAGGUAUCGGUGGUCACGGCUGAUAACUGGGCGCAACGUUUGGAGGAAUGGCAAAAGGAUCCCACGUCCUUAGUGGAUGCUGAUGAAAAGGACAAGUUCUCACGCUUGUAUAAGCCAAAAGCUAAAAGGCCCAAACGGGAGAAAUCACAUUCGGAGAGUGAAGCCAGGAUAGCAAAGAUCGACUUGGACUUUCGCGACUAUUUUAAAUACGCUUACAAACUGGCGAUAUUACAUCCGGCUGUGUUUUCACUACCGCGAGAUUCACAAAAUCUUUCCCAUGCGGCGAGGGCUCUGGCUUACAAGCCACCAAACCGUCCUAUAACAUUACAAAGUAUCGCCUUGCCGAAGGAACUGAUCAAGAGCUACAACGGCAUGAUGAGGAACCUUGCGGAUGACAAGCUAAAUGAUUCAAAGGGCCCCCUCCUGCCUCCCAACUACUCCACAAUGAUGGCUUUCCGUAGUAUUUGUAUUCUCUCUGGCGAAGCUCGCAAGCAGGAUACAGAGUCGGAGUCGCAGACGUUCAACGACUAUGAUGAAUCCUCACCACCUAUCCAGCUCUUCCGUCAGCGAUUGCGGGCUCUCUUCUACCGAACGACUCUGCUCAGUCGACUGGAGUCAAGCCUAUUUACCAAUCUGCCCACCGCCUUGACGGCGCAUCCACGUCCAGCUGAAAAUUACAUCGAACUGGGCAGCAGUUUAACCUUGAACGAAGUCGUGCCAGAGUCGAAGAGCUGCCUGAAAUCGGAACCGCUCAGCGAGGACGAGAUAAUGGGCCCCACCGUCAAGCAGGAGGUGGAGCCAGACUACAUAGUUCCAUAGAAAUAUAACUGC